GAAUCUAGUAGGACUUGGGUUGGUCAAUUUAUGGUGGAGUCCGGUAGAAAAUUGUUUCUUUUUUUGGUUGAACCAUGGAUGGUGGAGACGUACUUGAUGGCCGAAUUGCCCACUAGUUUUGAGCCUAGAACCUAGGAGAUUAACUCAGGGGGGCCAGAGAAAAUAAGAAAAGGGCGAAGGGGUGAGAGAGACCUGUAGAUUCACAUCACUCAAAAGAAAACAACCACAAUUUGUUAAGAUCUCUUAUUAGGCUACUCAUACAUAGGCACCCAUGUUGGACCCCCAUCAUGGUCGCCCUCUGCCCCUUCUGCUAUAGCCUGUUCCAGUAUUUUUCAUGACAGACACAUAAGAGUCAUACCUGAAUAUCUUAGUAUAAAAUCGCCAAUUUCAAUUUCACCCCCACCUCCAAACGUCCAUGGAUAAAGGAGAUUGGGAGAGAUGUUCAUCUCAGGAAUCAAAUCUCCUGCUCCCCUUUAAAGGUGAUCUUUGUAGGUACAGCUGAUGGCAGGGGAAGAUAUAUUAUAAUGAACACUAUUGUUGGAAUUAUUGUAAAGGAGCAUAGCAUUAUUUAAUUUUUAUACAUCUUAUAUCAUUGUGAAUCUUGUGGAGUUAUGGAAGUGCUAUCAUGUUCGGAUGUCCAAUAUGUUGGAGAAUCCUGCUGCCCUCAAAGGAGUCCAGGGACAGCUCUUCUUUAUGGUGGAGAACCCAGCUCCCUUGAACAGGGAAAACAAGUUAAAGUAUUAGACGGUACAUGUGUAGUGGAUGCCUCUAUGCCAAGUGCUGAAGGGACGAGUGUAGAUGCAGGGAAAAUAAUCCAUUUACAUGCUUCAGAAGGUGUUCGCAGUGGAGUUUCAGAUUUUGAGGGUCAAGGGCCUUUUAAUUUCCAUGAUUCUCAAUGUGGUAAUAUUAAUGAGCACAAAAAAAGGCCAAAACCUUGCACAGUCUCUGAGAAGUUCAAUCUGAUUGCAGAUAAAACUGAAGAUGCAAUACCAAGUAGAAAUUUGGAAGGAGAAUCUCAUCUUCCAGAGGUUGAAUGGGCAGAUCAAGAUGGGACCGUAGCAUUAUGGGUGAAGUGGAGAGGAAAGUGGCAGGCAGGAAUCAGAUGUGCAAGGGCUGAUUGGCCUCUAUCAACUCUGAAAGCAAAGCCUACACAUGAAAGGAAGGAGUACUCCUUGGUGUUUUUUCCCCUAACUAGGAAUCAUUCCUGGGUAGAUACACUACUUGUUUGUUCCAUCCAUGAGUUUCCAGAGCCAAUUGCCCAUAGGACGCGUCACAUUGGGGUAGAAAUGGUCAAAGAUUUGACCAUCCCACACCAUUUUAUCAUGCAAAAACUUGCAAUUGCCAUGCUGAAUGUUAGUGACCAAUUGCAUCCUGAGGCUGUAAUAGAGAGUGCUCGAAAGGUGACAGCCUGGAAGGAAUUUGCUAUGGAGGCUUCCCAAUGCAAAGUUUAUCCAGAUCUUGGAAGGAUGCUCUUGAAGCUUCAGAGUAUGAUAUUGCAACACUUUAUAGAUCCAAGUUGGUUACAACAUUCUUUUGACUCUUGGGCAGAUCGUUGUAGGGAUGCACACAGUGCUGAAUCUGUCGAGACACUUAAGGAGGAACUAGUGGAGUCUGUAUCAUGGAACGAUGUUGGAGAGCUUUGGAAUGCACCUGUGCAGCCUGAGUUGGGUUCUGAGUGGAAAACUUGGAAGCAGGAAGUCACUAAGUGGUUCUCAACUUCACACCCCAUGGCUAGUGGUGGAGACACAGAACAGCAAAACAGCGAUGAUUGUGCAACAGUGGGUCCCCAAAGCAGCAGGAAAAGGCCCAAGCUUGAAGUCCGUCGUGCAGAUAUUCAUGCUUCCCAAGUGCAUGUUGCGGCUUCGCAUGGUGCCCACCUUCAGGGUAACGCCGUUGAGAUUGAUGCUGCAUUUUUCAAUAGCCAGGGCUUUCGAAAUACUGUAACAUUGGAGCCAAAGAGUUCCAAAGAUGGGGCAUUUACUGAGGGAACUGUCCCAACAGAUCAUGAUGGUAGCAUGGCAGACAGAUGGGAAAAGAUUGUUGUUGAAGCUGGAAAUCCUGAAGUCAUCAGUGCAGCAGAAGUGGAAGAGACAACUUUUGAUGGAGUGAGUGCUAAGAAAAUGUUGGAACCUGGAAAAAAAUACCACCAGUGCCUGGCUUUUAUUGAAGCUAAGGGAAGGCAGUGUGGGAGGUGGGCAAGUGAUGGCGGGGUUUACUGUUGUGUGCACUUGGCCUCUCAUUCUCUGGCUAAAGCUGCAAAGGAGGAAUAUUCUCCUCUUAUUAAUGCGCCAAUGUGUGAAGGCACCACUACUCAUGGUACAAAAUGUAAGCAUCGGUCUCGAUAUGGCUCCCCAUUUUGCAAGAAACAUGAACUUCAGAAUAGUCAAUAUUUGGUGAAUAUUGAAAGUCCGACUACAUUGGGGAAUAAGCAGGAGAGUGAGCACACGGAGAAGAUUCCUGGUUCAGAAGCUGCACUUGGCAAAGAAAUAAUUUUAACAUAUCAAAAUAUUAUAACAAAUAAUGCAGUCUCCGUCAUGGAGGGAGAAUCCGUUGAUGGGAAAAAGAUCAUAAAUGAGAAAUCUGGGCAUCCCAUUAAAGACUGCAAUGGAACGGAGUUGCUGCAGUGCAUAGGAUCAUACCACAUAAAUAGCAAAGAUCCUUGUCUUGAACGCGUAAAGCUGCAUUCGUUGUAUUGUGAAAAACACAAACCAGGCUUUCUCAAACGUGCAAGGAAUGGUAAGAGCAGAAUAAUAUCAAAGGAAGUGUUUAUUGACCUUCUGCGGAAUUGCAGUUCCCAGGAGCAAAAAUUACAUUUGCACCAAGCAUGUGAGCUUCUUUAUGGUUACAUCAAGAAGGUCUCAUCCCGCCGAAACCCAGUUCCUAAGGAGGCUCAACUCCAGUGGAUGUUAUUAGAAGCUUCUAAAGAUUUAGAUGUCAGUGAAUUCCUGUUGAAAUUAGUUUUCCGCGAAAAGGAGAAGCUCGGGAAGCUCUGGAGCUUUAAUGUGAAUGAAAAGCCAGUUUCUCCUUCACUUGCAGAGCAAGUUGUUCUGAAGCCUUUGGUCCAUGUGAAUGUCCACAACACGAGGUCUGUAAAGUGCAAGAUCUGUACUGAGGAAUUUUCUGAUGGGGAAGCGCUUGGAGCCCAUUGGAUGGAUGCUCACAAGAAAGAAGCAGAAUUAUUGUUCAGAGGGUACGCCUGUGCAAUAUGCAUGAAUUCAUUUACAAAUAGGAAAGUUCUUGAGAGCCAUGUGAGAGAGAGACAUGGGGUGCAAUUCCAAGAGCAGUGCAUACUUUCCCUGUGUAUACCUUGUGGUAGCCAUUUUCUGAAUUCUGAACAGUUAUGGUUACAUGUCCUCUCUGUGCAUUCCGUAGAUUUCAGGCUGCCAAGCAUUCCUGAACAUCAAAACCUAUCUGCAGGUGAAGCUUCUUCCCCAAAGACCACACUAGUCAAUGAUGAUGCCAUGGUGAAUAACUCCAAGAUUCAAGGUGGGGCCCGCAAGUUCAUUUGUAGGUUUUGCAGGUUGAAGUUUGAUCUUCUACCUGAUCUAGGACGCCACCAUCAAGCUGCUCAUAUGGAUCCAAGUUCUAUAAACCAACGUGCACCCAAGAGAGGGAUGCAUUUUGAAGCUUAUAAACUAAAAUCUGGGAGACUUGGCCGUCCUAGAUUUAAGAAAGGUCUCGGAGCAGCAUCAUAUAGAAUCAGGAACCGGGGAAAUUUGAGUAUGAAGAAACACAUUCAGCCAUCAAGGUCACUUAGCAAUGGGGGAACAACAUUGCAGCUUCAGGUAAAUGAAGCUGAGGGUCUCAGUAGAUUGGCAGAGCCACAGUGCUCAAUUGUUUCCAAGAUCUUGUUUGCUGAGAUUAAGAAAACAAAGCCCCGGCCACAUAACCCUGAGAUUCUUUCUAUUGCUCGCUCAACUUGCUGCAGGGUAAGCCUCCAAGCUACACUGGAGGAGAAGUAUGGAUUACUACAUGAACGUUUGUAUCUAAAAGCAGCCAAACUCUGCAGCGAGCUUAAUAUUCAAGUUCAGUGGCACCAAGAAGGGUUUAUCUGUCCUAAAGGAUGUAAACCAGUCACAAAAUCCAAAUUUUCAUCACCUUUGAUGCCUCUCCCAAGUAGUUCUGUGGAGCCCACGUUUAUACUACCAGUAGAUUCUUUAAACAGUGAGGAGUGGGAAAUGGAUGAGUGCCACUACAUAAUUGAUUCUCAGCAUAUAAAGUCCAAGAAAAAUGUGAAAGUCUUAUGCGAAGAUGUUAGCUUUGGGAGGGAAUCAGUCCCAAUAACUUGCGUAGUGGAUGAGGAUCUUAUGGGUUUGGUCCACAACAUUGCAGAGGAAGAGUCUGAUGGACAAAAUGCUAGCUGUCACAUGCCUUGGGAAAGCUUUAACUAUGUCACUGAGCGGUUGCUUGAUCCAUCUCUUGGCCUUGAUAUGGAGAGUUCACAGCUGGGAUGUGCUUGCCCAAGUUCAUCAUGUUAUCCUGACAUGUGUGAUCAUGUAUACCUCUUUGACAAUGAUUAUGAAAAUGCGGAGGACAUUUAUGGUAAACCAAUGCAUGGUAGAUUUCCGUACAAUGAAAAAGGCCAUAUCAUUUUGGAGGAGGGUUACCUAGUCUAUGAGUGCAAUUCGAUGUGCAGCUGCGACAGAACUUGUCAGAAUAGGGUUUUGCAAAAUGGGGUUCAGAUGAAAUUGGAGGUCUUCAAGACAAAAAACAAGGGUUGGGCUGUAAGAGCGGCUGAAGCAAUUUCGUGGGGGACAUUUGUGUGUGAGUACAUUGGGGAGGUUUUAAAUGAUCAAGAGGCAAACAGGAGAGGCGAGAGGUACGACACUGAAGGCUGCAGCUAUUUGUAUGACAUUGAUACUCAUAUCAAUGACCUAAAUGGACUGACUGACGGUGCUGUCCCUUACGUGAUUGACGCUACCAAAUAUGGGAAUGUUUCACGGUUCAUCAACCACAGUUGCUCGCCAAACCUUGUGAAUUACCAAGUGCUAGUGGAGAGCAUGGAUUGCCAGCUUGCACAUAUUGGUCUUUAUGCAAGUCGUGAUAUUGCAGUAGGAGAAGAACUAGCUUAUGACUAUCGCUACAAGCUACUACCUGGAGAAGGUCGACCUUGCCAUUGUGGUGCUCCCAACUGUCGGGGUCGCUUAUACUGAAAGCUUAUGGAUGGUUCAACCCAGGAGCAUAUUGGAGGUCUCGCUAUUCAAAGACAACAUAAAAUUCAGUACUAUACCAUCACAUGAUCAUAUAUUAAGCUGCAAAUUAUAUGGGAAAGCUUUAUGUAUUUUAGGUUAUUUAUGGAACGGUUCUUUCCCUUCAAAGGACCAUGAGAUUAGAUUGUCAAGUUGUAGUUCUGCCUUGGGGGUAAUAUGUGAGCUUCCCCCAGAAUAGCACUCUGCUCACACACUCCUAAAAUUACAUUAAAAAACAAGUGUUAUUUAUUCAAUUCAAAGCAGAAUAAGAGUUUUUGGAUUCAA